AAGGACAUUUAAAACAGGAAGCGUACGGGAGCCAAAUGGGCUGAACCGACAGAAGCUGCUGAUCGACGGAGGCGCAAAGAUGACGGAGCGACCCCGGGGGUAGUUUGCAAUCCCUCUCAGAUGAAAUUGCCGGAAGCUGCCCGUUCUCCAGAUCUCGCCCACCGUGAUGGAGAAAGCGCUAAGGAGAAUUCCCGGAGGUUUGAGGGCUGCUGCAUUCAAUGGCACCGACUGCUUCAACCUCGAGCGCGGGUCCACAGUGCUGCAGGGUAACAGUUUUGGAGGCAUCCCCACCGUUCUGCUUAUCUACUUCAUCAGUUUCUGGGUCUUGAUCUUGCUAUUUUCUAUACUGAGGAAGACAGCAUGGGAUUAUGGGCGCCUUGCGUUGGUCUCUGACACCUCAAGUGAGGCCGUGGAUUCACCCAGGAGAUACACAAGACUCUCUUCAUUCACUGAACAAAGUGUCAAAGAUGCUGGUUUUUGCUCGUGGGUGACUAACAUCUUUACCAUGAAGGACAGUGAGAUUCGGGAGAAGUGUGGAGAGGAUGCUAUUCACUACUUAUCGUUCCAACGUCACCUCAUUGUCCUGCUGGCGGCGACAAGUGUCAUGUCUGUGGCCAUCAUUUUACCUGUGAACCUGUCUGGCAGUUUGCUGGACCGAAAUCCUCAAAGCUUCGGAAGGACGACAAUAGGGAACAUGAAGACAAAGAAUAAUUUGUUGUGGCUUCACACCAUUUUUGGUGUGAUCUAUCUGCUCCUCACCAUCUUUGUCUUGAGGCACCACACUUCGAAGUUGCAAGACAGAGAGGAUGAUGUGGUGAAGUGCACUUUAUUUAUAAGCAGGAUACCUGAGGUGGCCAGUGAGGAGAUCAUUGCUGGGCAUUUCCGUGAAGCCUACCCCACGUGUACAGUCCUGGAGGUUCAACUCUGUUACAAUGUGGCUAAGCUGACAGAACUGGAUGCUGAGUGGAGGAAGGCAGAACGUGGCCGUAGAUACUACACAAAGCUGUUCCAGAGUGAGGGGAAACGAGUCUCCGUUAACCCACGGCCCUGUGGACAUUUCUGCUGCUGCAGCUUCAAAGGAUGUGAGCAGGUGGAUGCAGUGGAGUAUUACACUAAACUGGAGGAUGAAAUGAUGAGUGAGUACACUCGGGAAAAGGAGAGCUUAGACAAGAAGUCCCUCGGACUGGCCUUUGUUACCUUUCAGGAUGAAGCCAUGGCAACGCUUGUCCUGAGAGAUUUCAACACCUUCAGGUUCAAGGGCUGUAAGUGUCGGGGGGAAAUGCGGUCUUCGUGUUACAGCCAGAACCUCAGAGUUUCCAGGUGGAAUGUGGCCUAUGCACCGGAUCCCAAGAAUAUUUACUGGGAGAACAUCUCCAUCCAGGGAAUUCACUGGUGGGGCCGUUGUAUCAUAGUGAACUUCCUCCUGUUUAUUUUGCUGUUCUUCCUCACCACUCCAUCCAUCAUGCUGUCUACCAUGGACAAGUUCAACGUCACCAAACCCAUCUAUUACCUCAACGACCCUGUCAUCAGCCAGUUCUUUCCCACCCUCCUGCUGUGGGCCUUCAGUGCUCUGCUCCCAACCAUUGUCUACUACUCAACCAUUUUUGAAGGCCAUUGGACAAGGUCUUCAGAAAACCGUGUCACAAUGCACAAACUCUACAGCUUCCUCAUCAUUAUGGUGCUGAUACUGCCAUCCCUGGGCCUCACUAGUCUUGAUGUCUUCUUCCGAUGGCUUUUCGAUAAGAGUUUCCUUGAACGAGCCAGGAUUAGAUUUGAGUGCGUGUUUCUUCCUGACCAGGGUGCCUUCUUUGUGAACUAUGUCAUUGCAUCAGCCUUUGUGGGGAACUCCAUGGCUCUGUUACGCCUCCCCAGCCUGCUGCUCUACUCUCUGCGGAUGCUGAUGGCCAAGUCUGCAGCAGAAAGGAAAGUUGUCAAGCAGCAUCAAGCAUAUGAGUUUGAGUUUGGAGUGAAUUAUGCAUGGAUGCUCUGUGUAUUCACAGUGGUGGUUGCUUACAGCAUCACCUGUCCGACCAUCGUUCCCUUUGGCUUGAUCUACAUCCUACUGAAGCACCUAGUGGAUAGGUACAACUUAUACUAUGCCUACCUGCCUGCCAAACUUAACCGGAGGAUCCACGCUGCUGCUGUGAACCAAACUCUGGCAGCCCCUAUCAUCUGUCUGGUCUGGCUGCUCUUCUUCUCUGUGCUCAGAGGAGGACUGUCUGCAGCAACAUCAAUCUUCACCUUGACUGUGGUGCUGAGUACCAUUGCUGUCUGCAUUAUUUCCAGUUGUUUUGGCUACUUCAAGUACUUCACGGUCAACAUGAUGGGUAAAAAAUUGCCGACUGAGGAAACAGAAACAGAAGCUGCAGCCCCUGCCUGGCAAUCUGAAACCUAUGUCCCAAGAGUCCUACGUGAACCCAAGUCUGAAAACAGCCAACUUGAGCACCAUGACCAGCCUUCAUAUGGUGCCUUGGAAAACAGCAAUCAGCAUAUACCUUUUCCAGGCAACAGUCAAGAUAAUGACCAAGUAUUUUUAGUGGAUACGGGAGCUACUGAGAUCUAGGAAAUCUACACCUGAUUAGAACUGGACUGGUCACAUGUGGUACUGUUACAGCUCUGUUGGGGCACAAGAGGAAUGGAUAUUGUCCAACAGCUCAUUUACUUGCACUCUACCUUUUUCAAUAGCCUUGAUGAAUAGGAAGUUUUGUUUUGCUAAUUUCUUUGAAGUUAUUUUUUUUGAGGGGGGUGUUUGGUUACAGCAGGUCUUCAGGGUGGUGGCACAGGAAUGGAGUGUUGUUGAUGAUUGAUCUCCAUCUGA